GCUCAACACAACGCCAUGACCGAUGACAUACCAGAUACGGGCGCCGUUUUCACGUUCGGCAAGUCCCACUUUGCCGACAACGAGCCGAGCCAUUUCUUUAUAAAGAAUGAUCCCAUCGUCGCUAUUUCUUGCGGUGACGAGCAUAGCGCCGUCAUAUGCCAAAAUGGGCGAGUGUUCGUGUUCGGCGGGAACGCAUGGGGGCAGCUCGGUCUCGGCCACAAGGAUGAGGUGACGCGGCCGUCGUGCGUGAAAUGGCUCAAGCCACAUCGCGCCAUGUUCGUGGCAUGCGGUCGCGCGCACACUGUUUUCGUUACAGACACAAACUCAGUGUACUCUGUGGGCUGCAACGAUGAGGGGCAGCUGGGUACCGGCGACUUGGAGCACCACACAGUACCACAGUACGUGGAGGUAGACGACCAGCCCAACAUCAGACAGGUGUCGGCAGGGAGCAACCACACAGCGAUACUCACUGACGACGGCAGAGUGUUCGUAUGUGGCUCGAACACCGAGGGCCAGCUCGGGCUCGGUGAAGACACGAGAUCGACCACCAAGUUCACCGAACUCAAGUUCAUGGAGAAAAUCGCCUUCGUCGAGUGCGGAUACUACCACACGGUUUUUAUUACAACCCAAGGCGCAGUCUUCGUGACGGGCGACAACGAAAACCAGAAACUCGGCAUCCCAAACACGGCGACCACUGUAUACGUGCCCGAAGUUCUGCCUCUUGACAUAACUAUCAAAAGCGCGUGUUGCGGGGCUUCCCAUACUUUCCUCCUUUCUAUGGAUGAGACGAAAAUCAUGGCGUUCGGGUCUAAUGAAAGGGGACAACUAGCAAUGCCCCAGGAAAUAGAGUUUGUAGCUGAGCCAACGGAAAUUGACAUGGAGAAAAUGUUUGAGGGAUAUCAGUUGAAAUUGGUCGCGUGUGGAGCUAUGCAUACGGCGUUUGUUACGGAUAACGGUCUCCUAUACACCUGCGGCGAGUCCAGGCACAACAAGUUGUGUUUAGACGACAAUGACGGCAAUUCAAACGAGUCCAAUCAAUACUCGCCGAAGCGGGUCACCGCCAUGAAUGGCUUCAUUGUCGACAACGUGGCCUGCGGCGGCUGCCAUACUCUACUCACCGCCACUAAGGGCUCCAACGCAGACUUUACCAACAACGACUUUAACGUAGUCAGCGAAGAAACCAGACUCGUAUCCCUGACGGAACUACCACCCCUAAAAGUACCCAUAAACAAAGGAGACGAACUGCACACUAUGGAGGAUAUUACCAACUCUAAUGUCGACGUAAACACCGAUAACAUCAAUGGAAACGUCGAUGAAACCGGAUCGAUCGAUUCGCUGGAAGCUAACGUGAGCGGAUCGCAUAUUGUAAACAUAAACGACCUUGAGAAUGACAAUGGAAGCACACAUGGUAUUGAGGAUAUUAAAGACGAGUUGGAUUCCACUACGGCCGCUUUCAAAGCUGAAGCAAUGCAUGCCAUGGAGACUAUGGACACUAUGCUGGAUAAUGCAGUCGAAAAAGUAGAGGAACACGCGAAAGAAACAACAGAUAAUAUCAAAGCAGCGGCAAAUGACGCGUAUCAAGCAGCAUCAGACAAAGCUCAUGAGAAAAUCGAGGUUGUUGAAGAUGUUAUAAAGAAAACUGAAGCAAAAAUAACUCCUAAAAUAGACGACAUGAAAAAGGCGUUGCUAAUACCCGACAAAAUCGUUGAAGUAGCAAAUUCACCACCACCGAAAUCGCCUAUUUUACAAGAAUUGCUGCAUAUACCAGACUUGUCUCAAAUGAGCCCGAAUUUGAGCAAACAUAGCGACGAUGGCCAAAAAAGCGAAACCGGCCAGUCGGAGAAUGAAACGAUUCCUUGUGGAUCGGACAAAUCAAGCCCUCAGGCAGGAAAGGGGGCUAAAACACAAGCAGUGCUACCCAUACUAAGGAGCGAAGACCACAUAGAUAAUGACGAUGUAGGACAAAACGAGGAGAGCGAUGUUGUGGUCAAUAAAAUGGCCGAGAAAGGAAGAUUUGCCCGCAUUUUUCAGAACAUAAGAGACAAGGAAAAUUCUUGUAUGGGCAAGGGAAAAGUUAUAGAAGAAAAUGUUGUAGAUAACAUUCACAAGGGCAUCGAUCACGCCGAACAGUCCGUGCACAAAGUAGAAGAGACCGUCGAGACCGAAAUCAGGAAUCAGACGAACUCUAGAACAUGCACUAUAUUAUAAACAUGUUUCCGUCUUCUAAGUGUUUAGCCGUUAUAAAUAAAGUUUUUAUUAUUAUUAUUAA